GGAAGUGUUUCUCUCCAACCUACAGGGUGGCCUGGCACUCAUUUAUAGACCAACCCACUCAAUAGUUCAUGCAGAUAUUCUAUCAAAGGUCUCUUCAUACAAGCAACAUUUAUAUAUUACAUAUCGUUAUAUCUAUCUAGCAAAUCAACAAAUUCUGUUCAACGUCUAACUUGGUAGUUAUGGCACCGGGAAUCGUAGAGCACGAACCUAUCGUCAACGGUUCUGAUUCUUCACCCCGAGAGAGCGAGGCUGAGUCGCGACCAAAGCUCUACGCCAACGUGGACCAAGACCAACUCCAGAAGAAAACGUCGCAAUUCCUUUUCAACUAUGGCACUAAAUUCAUACCAGAUAUCGUCUGCGGUGCUAAGGGCUUGUAUGUCUAUACAGCAAAGGGUCAUAAAGUCCUCGACUGGACGUCGGGUCAGAUGUCUUGCUUGCUGGGACACGGCCACCCCGAGAUAGUCAAGACGAUAACAGACCAUGCGGCAAACCUCGACCAUCUUUUCUCCGGCAUGGUUUCGCCUCCCGUCGUCUCCCUAGGCGAGAGGCUCUGUUCUUUGCUUCCGGAUGGAUUGGACAAGGCUUUCUUCCUAUCUACUGGGGGAGAAUCUAACGAAGCGGCCAUUAAACUUGCAAAAGUGUAUACUGGCAAAUUCGAGAUCGUGGCCGUAAACGGGUCUUGGCACGGAGUAACUGCCCAAGCUCUUAGUGCCCAGUACCAUUACGGAAGAAAAGGCCAAGGACCACUUAUGCCAGGUAUGCAUAUGCUACCAGCCCCGAACGCGUACCGGUCUAUCUUCCGAAAGCCGGACGGCUCGUACGACUGGGAGACCGAGCUCGACUACGGGUGGAGUUUGAUCGACCAAGCAUCAUGCGGAUCACUCGCCGCCGUCAUAGUAGAGUGCAUUCAGUCAUCGGCGGGCAUACACGUCCUCCCUACCGGCUACCUGAAAGCCCUGAAGAAGCAUUGCGAGCGAAGAGGCAUGCUCCUCAUUGUCGACGAAGCGCAGACAGGCGUCGGGAGGUGCGGCGAUACGAUGGCAAUAAUACACGAGGGUGUAACCCCCGACAUUCUAACGCUGAGCAAAACUCUUGGGAACGGCCUCCCCUUGAGCGCCGUGGUGACCAGUACUGAAAUCGAGAAGGUCUGUGUGGAGAGGGACUACUGCUUCUACACAACCCAUGUGAACGACCCUCUCCCUGCCGCGGUAGGAAACAAAGUCCUGGAGAUUGUUGUCCGCGACAACUUGGUCGAGCACUCUAGGUCCAUGGGAAAGAUACUGCAUGAAGGACUAAGACGAUUGCAAUCCCGAUACGGGUGUAUCGGAGAUGUUCGCGGAAGAGGACUGAUGGCGGGCGUCGAGAUUGUCACUGACCGAGAAACAAAAGCACCUGGAAUAGAAUUGGCAAGUUCUAUAGCGGAGAGGGCGUAUGAGCUUGGGGUUUGGGCCAAUCUGAGCAGUCAUGGGAGCUUUGGUGGUGUUUUUAGAAUUGCGCCUCCGAUCACAGUGACGGAGGAGCAGAUUCAGGAGGGACUUGGGGUGCUCGAACAAGCAUUCGCUUCCAGCCCGGGGUCCAUACCGUUGUAUUAGUAGCUGCAACUAUGCAUUCAUGGUGAAAAUUGUCGACACUGAAUGCUACUUCAACUUAUAUCCCUACUUGGCACACGGCGAAAAUUAUCCAAGUAGGUAAUGAUGAUAAUGGUACAUGAGAAUGAAACUUUACAA